AUGCCGCUCCCAAGCGGCACACUCCCGCUUGCGCCGAGCUCAAGCUCGCCACCGCCGGCCUUCCUCGUACGCUUCCCCGAAGACACAUGGAAUAAGCUUGGCGCCGCCGCCAACAACGGCGACGAGGUGACUUUCACCAUUGGUGAUGAUGGUCUUACUCUUAAUGUCGAGGGCUGCGACUCGAUCCACCUCGAUGCGCACACCGGCCAAGCCUCUGAGAUCUUCUCGAUGACUGGCGGCAGCCUUUCGCAGCUGGGCGUAGCGACGUCACGUCUGACAGUGCCGUUCAAUGCUGCCUCCACAUCCCGCGCCGCCGAAAAGGUUCGCCAGACGAGCGAAGCUCUCGACCGCCAGCGCCAGGCGCGCGCUGAGCGUGUGACUGGCUCUGCCAAGCCGCUCAGCAGCGCGAGCAGGCCGAUCAACACCAACAAGCCGUUGAGUUCGGGGCCGUCCAGUAAGCCCCUCAGUUCGGGGCCGAGCUACCCCGUUCUGGCGCACACGCAGCCGAUGGGGCGCACAAUGAGCGGACCAGCGGCGACUCUCACAAUGUCCACGACCGAGAGGAUACCCCUCAAAACUCGGAUAGUGCAGCUUCUCGCACUGGGUCCGGCAUCACUGCCCGAGAUCCUCGCGCGCACAGGAGGCAACCCGGACGAAGUCGAGCGUGCAGCCAAGGUGAUUGGCCAGUUGCAACCAGACAGCCGGUUCCGUCUACGACCACCACAGUACGCCAAGAUCAAGAUCGGCCAGUGGAAGUACACCUACGAUGAGAGAGUCACGGUUAUCAAGCUUGCGCGCAAGGCGUUUGACGAGCUCGGGCUGCCGGCAGAUGCCGAGGAGCGCGAGGAGCUCGAGCAAAAGGCGCGCGAGGCACUCGAGGGUGGCCAGAACGGCGGCGGUGGGUCCAGCUCGGGAUCCAACCCCACCACCCCGCCCGAGAGCGUCAACGUCUCCCCGUCAAAGCCAACCUUUAAGGAAAAGGCGCCACGACCGGCGUCGCCUGUCAAGGACGUGUCGCCGCCACUGCGUGCGGAGCGUGUUGCCUCGCCCGUGCCCGCCGCCGCCGCCGCCGCACCCAAAAAGUCUACCAAAGCAGACAAGGACCGCACCAAGGUCGGCAAGCAGAUUGCCAAGAUGCGCAGCGACUUUGCAAAGCGCGCGACGUCGCUUCCGAACACCAAGGGCACGGACGGGACUGCCAGCCCGCGCAUCCCCACCAGUGCCGGCGAUGACGAUGUGCCCGAAGCCAAGCUCGACCCGUCGCCGCCAAAAAGGAAGGCAGAGCCCAAGGAGCCCAAGGCUGCCAAGAGCGACAAGACUGAAAAGGAGUCCAAAACGGCAAAGGUCAGCAAGAGCGCAGACAAGCCAGAAAAGCCGAAAGUGUCCGACAAGGCGUCAGACACGAAUGGCAAGCGCAAACGCGAUGCCGCAGCCGCAGCCGCCCCAGCUGUGGAUCGGAAGCGCCCAGCUGCCCGCAACUACACCUCCUCCGAGUCUAGCGAUAGCGAGGACGACCGCGGACGUAGCCGGAAUGUCAAGAGCACUGCCAACGGCAAGGCCAAGACGUCGGCCAAGUCGGCCAACGGCAACGGCAACGGCAAUGCUCAUGGCCCCGGUAACGGUGCGAGCAAGCGCCGUGGAUCCCCCAUAUACACGUCGAGCGAGGACGACGCGCCGGUCAAGCGCCGGCGCGACGAGCGGGAUGACCGUGACCGUGAUCGUGAUCGUGACCGUGUCCGUGAGCGCGACCGGGAUCGUGACCGUGACCGUGACCGUGAGCGCGAACGUGAACGCGACCGCGACCACGACACCAGCAGCAGCGCGUUGCCCAGCUUCAAGCGCAAGCAGCCCGGCGCCCUCGAGCUCAACGGCCACCGGAAGGGCAUCGCGUCGGCUCCCGUGUCCCCCUCGCUGUCAUCUACGCCCGACCCGAAGGCACUCCGACAGCGCUGGAACGAAAUCUACCCCAAAUACCAAAAGCUGGCGGACACGCUGUCCAACGUGUAUCAGGCCGCCGAGCGCGUGCGUGAGGGCGGCUCGCCCGAGGUUGUCAUGAGCGAGAGCGACAUUUCGGCCAAGGCCGCACAGUGGAGCGAGUGGCACAAGGAGCUCGAGCGCAUCAAACAGUGGUUUGCGGCAUAG